AUGUCCAGGAGGCUGAACGAGGUGGGGAGCACGGCGGCCGUCGGCGAGCACCGCAUCGGGGACCUCCCGGACGACCUGCUGACGUACCUGAUGUCGUUCCUGCCCUCGCGCGACUCCGUGCGCACGUGCGUGCUCGCCCGGCGCUGGCGCUCGCUCUGGAGGUCCGUGCCCGCCCUGCGCCUCGAGGACGGCCCGCGGGGCGACGGCGGGCCCAGGAGCAAGUUCGUCGACGAGCUGCUGCUGCGCCGCCACCCAACACCUCUGAACCUAUGUGACAUCUGUUCCGAAUACAACACGUUUCACUGCGAGGAGGCGUUCACACGCAUCAAGCCGUGGCUCCGGUACGCCUUCUCGCAUGACGUUCGGACGCUGCGAGUUGUUGCUGGUUCGUUGACAACCAACCUGGUCCUCGCCUCGUCGCACCUGAAGAGGGUAGAGCUUUGUUUCAUGCAGUUCAAAGGCUCUGUGAAUUUCAGGGGCUGUCGGGUGCUAGAUGUGUUGGAGAUGAAAGGCUGUAACAUCCUUGCGAGCAUCUUGUGCCAGUCAGUACGACAUCUUACCAUCAAAGGGGGGUGUUUUGACGAUAAAACCCGCCGUUGUAUUUCUGCCCCAAAUCUCAUCAGCUUGAAACUAGCUCCAUGCCAGGGUCUGACUCCGUUGCUUGAUAGCAUGCCAUCGCUGGUAACAGCAUCUGUUGAAUCCUUUGAUCAGCAGUAUCAUUACUGUUUUGAUGUACCAUGUGAAGGAUGCGAUAGGCAAGCAAGAUUUCCUGUGGUUUUGGAAGGCUUGUCUGCUGCUACAAAUCUGGAGUUAACAACUGAUGAUCAGAAAUGGCAUGUGAUGGAAACAUAUGGAAUCUAUGACCCAAAGGAACAAUCACCACUAUCGAAGCAUCUCAAGGCUUCCAUUUUGAGCUGGCUCUGUGUCCCUGGAUCGCACCAGGAAGGAAGUUGCUGCGUUUUUGUCUACCACACCACCCCAGGAUGCGCCUCCCCGUGUCCUGUUCAUAUAUAUGACCUUACAUGUAAACAGCUGUAUGGUGUAAAUACUAAAUGGAAGCAGUUUCAAUCAAGUGCCAAGAGCUACCUAACAAUUCAUUGGUCCAAGUUCUCACGUAAGUACCUCGUACUAGCGAUGCCACUCCUACUUUUCCUGGGCUCCGAUUCUCCAUCGAUCAUGUCGAAUGAGGGUGAUGGGUGGGUGAACUUCACCAAGUUCCUGACGGGUGCGUCGAUCAUGCGUAGCGUCGCCAUCAUGUCGAUCCUGAAGCAUGCUGUCGUCAUUGGGUGGGGCUCACUGGCGAUGGAGAUGUUUUCCUUCGCCAUCAUUGGGUUGUAA